ACUCUGAAAUAGGAACAAUCUGCGUUGAAUCCCCUAAUUAUUCUGUGUUGAGUGGGCGUCUUGAUCGGUCGCCGCGAUUUGCAUUUCGAGAGUGGGACACCAAUUAGAGGAUGAUGGAGAACGAUUUUAGUUCUCUUUUGAGGAUAGAAGUAAUAGAUCAUGGAGAACAGGAGAGAGGUCGCACUGAAACACGAUGUUCUGUGUGCUUGUUGUCUAAUUCGAUGAAAGCUUACCUCCUGACAUGUGGCCAUAGGGUUUGUGACAGUUGUAACGCUCUGGUUAAUAGCGGGGACACCACUGUCUUUUGCGUGUCCUGCCAGAUUCGAAACGUGUCCCCCAACCCGAAUCAAGAGGUCACAUCCACCGAAUCAUCUUUUCCGCCGAUAAGCUCAUCGUCGUUGUCGAGUGAGAAGAACGAGAUCUUGAAGACACAGCUAGCGAAGCUUCACCAUCUCGACGAAGCUGUCUACAAACCUCUUGGAAAGCACUUCGACAGGGUGCUCCAGAUGAUUAAAAACGGUCUCGACAAAAAUGUUAAGCUGGUCGAGGCACACUUCGAAGAAAUCGUCGACGUCAUGGAAAAGAGGAAAAAGAAGAUCAUUAGGUCGUUGAAACAAAACACGAAGGCGAAUAAGAUUAUGAUUGAAAAUAGAAAGAAGGCGAUGGAAAAGGAGAGAGUGCAGUUAAAAGAGUACACAGGGCGACUACAGAACAGAGUACGCAAUCUGUCAAAUGGAAAGCGUUCUGAGAUUGUGCUCAACUCCUUUCUAUCUGAGGUGGACGGCUUUCAAAGGAAAGCAAGAAAAAUGAGCACGGAGAACUCUGUCACCGAAUUGGACGACCUCGAGGUGGUCAAUAAUUCCGAUGUCGAGGUUACCAUCAAGGAUGCUGUGGAGCAAAUGACAACACUGCGUGAGAAAACCCAGCAUCUUAAAUCCAGAGUAGGAACACCAACAUCUUCUCUGUCUUGGUCCCUCGAAGAAUCUUCUUCAAGGAAAGGAAGACCCACGUCUCAUCUCGUUCCAACCCCGCCUCGUAGAACGAAGAGUCUGUCACCGAAACCUUGCUCACCAAGGGUACCGGUGACACCUCGGGACCAACGCUCAGAAGCAGAUGGUUGCGAGCCCCAGGUCCUCCAGAAUAAUCGAUAUCUUCCCGAUAUCACAUCUCUACCACCUCCAGGUACUGAGCCACCCGCCAGAAGAACAGAAAGUGGUCAACCCUCAGCGCUGCCCGCUCAAGAUGCUUCUAUCAGAGAACUGUACGACGGUCCUCAUCGAAGCUGCCGUGGUUCCAAGUCGUGCGAAAGGAGUCUCCAGAAAACGCAAGAACGUUCUGCCAAAAGGACUUUGCCGAAUAUCCCUCUCAUCCAGGAAGGAAGAGCUCUAGCCAACUCACGUAGGCCCAGAGUAAAGUAUCAAACACUCCUGCAAGAUAAUGAUGAGGUAGAACGGCCCUCAGGAAUCUGUCGACUUCAAAGCGGUAUGGACGGUGCGGUUGCCGUGGCAGACUGCGGACGCGGUAGGAUCUUGGAUGUUAGUUUGGAUGGGAGAGUGACGGGGUCGUCAUCCGUGUGGGAAGAUGAUGGAGAGUCGGUCAAGGCCCAGGGAGUUUUUGAUGUUACUCAGAUGGAUGGCGGUUGCCUGGUCGUAUCAGAUUCACAACGAAAGGAGGUCAUCCUAUUUGACGAAGGACGGAGGGUUCAUUCCCUACAACUUCCUGAGCAAAUUGACCCUCGAGGUGUGACGUCACACGGUCACCGCGUCUUCAUCUGCGACCAAGGAAACCACUGUGUUCAGAUGUUAGAUCUUCGUGACAAGCAUGACUGCAAACCCAAAUCCACGGCCAUUGCUCUCAGCAAACCAAGUGAAGAGGGCAUGGUAUGUCCGUACUACGCAUCAAUCGAUCAAACUGGUAAUCGUUUACUCGUCAGCGACUACGGCGCCGGUGCGCUUAUUCUCGCGCGCACUGAUAACGCACAACCUCCGCUCCGCGUCAAACUCGUGGCUUCGCAUCUGACGUCACGUCAUGGACCACCGAGUACGGCUACCAAUAUCGAGAUCAGACCGACGGGCGUGGCGUGGCUGCCGGAUGGACGCGGUGCCGUGGUCGCUGACCAGAUCGGGCACCGGCUCGUGGUCGUUGACGAGGAGCUCAGGGUGGUGGGUAGUUUUGGACAACAGGGUGCCGGAGAUGGGGAGUUUCUUUUUCCACAUGGAAUCACUUUCGUACGAGACGAUAUUCUCAGCGUAUGUGACAUGAACAAUGCCCGAAUACAGUUUAUCAGCUUGGAGUCAAUACUGGCUAGCAUAAACGAGUAGCCUCAUGAUUGCAAACAUUAUUUUGUUUUCUCCCCACUAAAGCAAAUUGGACAAGAGAAGAGCAUCUUUCAAAUAUCGACAUUACAAACUUGCCCCCUCCUUGAUGAAUGUCAGAAUCUAUUUCUCCGUACCUAUUGAAUUAAGUAUUAAAUAACUGCUGAGUAGAAAUUGUACGGAUUCCUUCUGAGUUACUAGUAUUAGCAAAUACGUUCGUAUUCACUUCAUUUCUUUCUUUCUUUCUUUCUUUCUUUCUUUCUUUCUUUCUUUCUUUCUUUCUUUCUUUCUUACUUUCUUUCUUUCUUUCUCUCUCUUUCUUUCUUUCUCUUUUUCUUUUUUUCUUUCUCUUUUUCUUUCUUUCUUUCUGUCUUCCUUCCUUCCUUUCUGUCUUUCUUUCUUUCUUUCUUUCUUUCUUUCUUUCUUUCUUUCUUUCUUUCUUUCUUUCUUUCUUUCUUUCUUUCUUUCUUUCUUUCUUUCUUUCUUUCUUUCUUUCUUUCUCUUUCUUCUCAUUUCCAAGUCUUCCUACCCGUUCAUCAUCCCUUAACUAAAAUAUAAAAACUUUGGUUUUUAUUAUGUACCAUGUAAUAUGCGCCCUUUUUCAUUUCAUCUAAAAACAAAUUAAUAGCAUACUGAGGUAAGGGGGGGGGGGUACAGGGGCGGAUCCAAGGGGGGCACAUUUUCCGGGGAAAAUUUUGAC